AUGAGAACCUUCUGCAAAGUUUGCAGUUCUUCGGCCGAUUCGUUUAAUUUCGGAGCGCUAACUUGUCGGUGAGUUAACGAGAUAAGUAUAUAAUCUCGAAAAUUUGAUACGGUAGUUUUCAGAGCAUGUUCAGCGUUUUUCCGGCGAUGUGUGCUCCAAAAUUAUGAGCCAAUAAAUUCUUGCGAUGAAAAAUGUGAGAUUUCAGCAAAAUCGAGAAGACUUUGCAAAAAUUGUCGAUUUGAAAAGUGUCUUAGCAUUGGGAUGAAGCAAUAUAAAGUUGUGAUGAAAAUUACUCCAAAAAGUUUGAGGCAAAAUUCAUUUCUACAUUUGAUAGAUAUUGAAAAGUUUGAUAAAAAAUUGGAAAUAGCAAAAACAAUGAAUUUUGAACAAACUGGAAAUAAAAAGAACGAUUUGAUAAAUUACCCAGUUUUCAAUGAUGUUUUUGCGCGGUAUUCGGAAAUUGUUAUGGAAAAUAUUGAAAUCGCAUAUCCUCAAUCUGGGGGGAUUGAGAAAUCUCAGAGAAAUAUUCUUCUAAAUAAUUUUGUCGCUCCAUUCAUUUUCAUCGAAGGAGCAUUUAUAUCUGAAAAUCUUUCACUUUGGGUUUUUCCAAAUGGUGAAUGUCUUGACUCAAAUCGAUCUGAAUGUUUCUAUAUGAUGCAUGAGAAUGAUGAAACUGGAGCAAUAAGUAACAAGUUAGUUGAUAUUGAUCUAACAUAAAAAUCUUUAUAUUUCAGACUUUUCAAACCUUAUUGGGUUAAAAUGCAUGAAAAAUUACGAAUUCCACUUGAAGAUGCGAAAUUGAAUAAAGCUGAAUUGUUCUAUUUAUUCUCAUUGAUUUUUUGGGAUGAUAAACUUGACGGUCAAUCGGAAAAAGUGUCGGAACUCUGUCGAAUUCAACGCCAAAAACUGUUCACCGAGUUGAUUGAAUAUGAAAAACAGUGGUGUUCGACGGAUACGUCACUUCGAAUUGGCAAAAUUUUAUUACUACUUCCUGCAGUUCAAUCAGCUAUUCAGAUUAUGAGCGAAUCUUCGAAAAUACAUGUUCUCUAUGAUGUGCACGAUCAUCAUAGUAGUGUUUUUAAAUCACUUGGUUUUUGA